GGCAGUUGGUGUACGAAGCCGGGAUAUGCGCUCCUUCUGGGCUUGAGCUUUCACCGAGGGUCAGGAGCGACAACGCGUGUACUAUGGAGGACGUGCACCCCAAUAUGAAUGCGGACCAAGAGGUGCGGAAGCUGCAAGAGCUGGUCAGGAAAUUGGAGAAGCAGAACGAGCAGCUAAGAUCCAGAUCCUCACUGCCCCCGGGCUCUCCCAGGACCCCGACAUUACCCACACCCCCUAUCCUCCAAAACAGGCCCCAUGCCUCCCCACAGACCGCCGCCGCUGCCUCCACCCUGCUGCUUCUUGGUAACGGGGGCCAUAGUAUGAGUACGGGGCCUAUACUUCAAGAGAAGGGCGGAGGGCGAGAUGUGGCCGCUUGGGAGGAACUCCUUGAGGCAGCGGCAGAGGAAAGGAGAAAAGACGGGGACGGGGAACUUCUUCUGGACCAGGUGGUGCCUCUCCGUAAGGAGGACAUGGAUAGGAUGGUGGCCUUUGAGGAAGAUGAGACCUGGUUGUAUACAUCGCCAAAGAAAAAGCUAACUCCGUUGCAGAAGCCAGUAAGUCCGUUAGUCUGGUGUCGGCAAGUUUUUGACAGUCCAAGUCCUGACCUUGAAUGUGCAAAAAAGUCACUUAUCCAUAGGCUUGAACAAACCAUGUCUGCCAGCAAAAGACACAGUAUGUACAGCAUUCCUUAUAAUUCAGCCGGCUACGCUAACUCAUACAGCCCAAAUGCUAGUGGAAGCCCGUACAACAGUGGGUUUAAUUCCCCAUCCUCCACCCUCGUGAGACCUCCGGUGGUGAGGCAGCUGGUACUGCCUAGCAGCACAGCAAACUAUAGAAAUACUGCUGACAGAAAUCUGACUCCCAUCAGCCCUCAGUCAUCUAUAGACAGUGAGCUAAGCACUUCCGAAAUGGACGAUGACUCAGUCGGUUCAAGUUACAAAUUAAAUGAUGUCACAGACGUCCAGAUAUUGGCACGAAUGCAGGAAGAGAGUCUUCGACAAGAGUAUGCAGCUUCUGCAUCACGGCGAAGUUCAGGUUCUUCCUGCAACUCCAUGAGGAGAGGGACAUUUAGUGACCAGGAGCUUGACGCUCACAGCUUAGAAGAUGAAGAGGAAGCGAUUCCUCACAGUAUGCACCUGUCCGUAAACAGGUUCGCAGCCUCUCCACGCCACUCGCCACGGCCGUCUCCUAGACAGUCACCAAGACACUCUCCACGCUCGAGAUCUCCAGCUCGAAGCAUGGAAUAUAGAGGAGCAUCGCCACAGCCUAUGAUCAGCCGCUUGCAACAACCCCGACUUUCUCUUCAAGGCCAUGUUGCAGAGACGCAGACAAAUGUAGUGAAAAAUGAAGAGAAGUUAAGACGUAGUCUUCCAAAUCUCUCCAGGGCUACUGGAAUUCAGACCGCAGAGGCUGUGAAAAACAGCAGAAGUUGUGAAUCAAAUUUGCAAAUGCCAAAUGGAGGAGCAGCUCGAGCCCCCAGUACAUCAACAGCAAAAAGACAGCUAAAUAUUCCUCGUCCUUCCCAGAAAACAAAGCAGGGCCUUCCAACUUCAUCCCCUAAAGGAGUUCCUUCACCCUGCAAGUUUCGCUCCCCUGCCGCACCAUCUCCGUUAGCGAUGCGACAGCCUAUGAAAGCUCUAACCAACCAUGGUUCGGAUGGACAAGAAUCGGUCAAUGUUUCACAGAACAAUCCUUCACAGCCCCCUCAUGCCCGAUCGGCGAGUCCUGUUGGGAGAACCGGCCCAGCCAUGAGGAGCGGCUUGCCCAGACCCAGCAUGCCUUCAGGUGGAAGCAUACCAGUGCCUCGCAGCAAACUCGCACAGCCCGUUCGGAGGUAAAAGGAAUUCAGAUGCCAUCACUGUCUUUGCCAGCCCCCAAAACAUAUGGUAACAUGAAAGAUGACAGCUGGAAAGAAGGCUGCUAUUGAACUGCAAACCCCUGAAACUUCACUGCUUGAUGGACUGCAGACACAUAGCUGCGCAAACCACCUAGAUAGGACUGUUUGGGACUUUGCAAACCAGUCCCAGGUUUUUCUGUCUGUAUCUAAAACAACGGCAGAAUUUACAAAAAGGAGCACUUUAUUGACAAUGACAUCAUAUACCUUUUUAUAGUCAUACAAAUGUUUUAUUUUCUUUUAUUCUUGCUUGCUAUAUUUUAGCCUCUUAGCAUCCACAACCACUGAAAAUGUAUAUUGGAUUCGCAAAGGAGUGAUAACAUUGGGUAACAUUCAAUAUUUUUGCAAAAUACCUUUUUAAUGCCAAAGAGAAAAAAACUCCUUUUUAUUUUCUU